AUGCACCUCCUGUCCAUCAUAUCCUACAUAUGCUUGCUAGUCGUUCCUGCCAUAGCAAACGUAGAGAAGACCAUCUUUACCGCGCCUCACAGCGUAGCUUUUGGAGAUGCACGACCAAACUUGAUUGACCUACAACUCGUAUCUCUUUCGUCAAAGAAACUUGCUGUUCGAACCGUUCUUCCUGUAGUAUUCCCUGUCGAGAAACACCCUCGUGGAUUGUCAUCUUGGUAUUUACUUGACGGCCUGCGCCCAGGUCAGCGUUACGAAGUCCGUAUCUGCUGGGCGGCGACGCAACCUACGGAUUUCAUCUUGGACCCUUUUGAGGUCACGACCGUCUUUGAUACUCCCGCUCUGCUACAGGAUCUUACUACCUACGCUGAAGAGCGCCAGAGUUUGCUGGCAGGAGAAGACUUCGACGGCAUUAGCGAGCCCACUGCGGUCAAACGAUCUGCUCUAUUCCUCCGCAUUCAGUCGGCGGCCAACUUCUACACCACUAACAAAGAGUUGAUGCAGAAUCCUCCACCUGUCAAUGUCGACAUAAUUCUUGAUCCAUAUCUUUUGAACGUUUUUCCCCAAUCGUUACUUCCAACAGCUGCUUACAUUCUGGUACUGGCUAUUGCCAGCUGGUUCCUUUCGGGAUACGCCUGGUCUAAAGUCCAGGUCUUUGUGCAAGACAAGCAACACUCUGACUGA